CACAUCUUCCUUCUCUCUCCUCCAACAAACUCCGGCGCCGUCUCUCUCUCCGAUAUGGCGAUCAAGCGCCUCCGCACCAAGUGGACUCCGAUUCAGCGCGAAACUCUCGAGAAGGCCUAUUCAGUGGAGCGGACACCGUCGGAGGCGACGAAGGAGGAGCUGACCAAGCAGCUGGAGCUCGGGUACGAGCAGGUCAAUGUUUGGUUCAUGAACCGGAGAGCCAAGGAUCGCCGGGACGGGAUUGUCGCCAAGAAAUCCAGAAUGACACGUCACCAGGUCGCUACUCUGGAGAAGACAUACGCCGGGGAGAAGUAUCCGUCGGCGUCGAGGAGGGAGGAGAUAGGGAAGAAGCUGGGGAUGAGUGAGAUUCAGGUGAGGCAGUGGUACAGCAAGAAGAGGAAUGAGGAUCAGGGGAAGGAGAGGAAGGAGAGGAGGAAGAAGAGGGAUGCCGAGGAGAAGUCGCCGAAAUCGGCACUGGCUACGUCCUGUGAUCACCUGGCUUUCGUCGCCGCCGACCUCACCGGCAUUCCCAAUCCUGACACUCCCUGCAAAAGUUAUACUAGAUGCCAGAAUCCCAAUGAGAACUGGUGUUGUUUGUGCUGCAAGGACGUGUUCUGCAGUGUUGAUUUGACGAACGGGCACUUGUUUCAGCAUUUUAAGCAGACAAAUCAUUGUCUUGCUGUCAGCUGCAGUGAUAAAUCAAUUUGGUGCUACUCCUGCAAUUCAUUCUUAGAUGCCCAGGCAAUCCCACAAUUGAGUGCUUUUUCUUUGUCCUCCAAUGCUUCUGGGGAGCCAUCCUCCUCAUCCAGGUUGCAGAGCCCUGAUGCCUCCAAGGAUUCAUCAUCCUCAUCCAGACUAGAGAACCUUGAUGCUCUGAUGCUUGAUGUUACUGAUCUCAUAUCCAAGCCAUCUCCAUGCCCAAGUUUUCAUCUACUGGAGGAUAACUCAUUUGUCGACCAGGAUAAGCUUACAGUAGCCAAGAAAGGACUCCAGAAGAUCUUUGAUUGUGGUUUAGAAGCUUUAGCCGAUCCCCACGUACAAGAAGAGUUUCUUGCUUAUUCAGACACAGUUCUAUCCGUCGAUUCAUGUCCAUCAGAGUUGAAGGUCAUGCUUUCAUCUUUCAGAGGCAAUCUCUCGGUGGAGACCCGUGCUUUCCUCCAAGCUCAACAUGACUUAAAGGUGGCGUCUGAUUUAUCAGCCUCAAUUACUGAGAGAAGGUUUGUUCUCCGUUAUCAUCAUUCAAAAUAUGCUGAGGUCAAGAAACAAAUUAUUGCCUCAGAUGAGAAAGUUGCAAACCUUAAGGCCAUGAUCAAAAGGUUGGAAGCAUCUUUGGCGGAAGAAAAGAGCAACAGGGAGAAGGUUGAUCGGGUUUUGGAUUCUAUUGAGACAGGAGUAAUGGAUGCUAGAGAUGGAUUGCUCUCAGACAUAGAGCAAGUGUCUGCUAUGGAGGGAACGACCAAAGCAGCUAACCAGUUAGUAGUUCAACGCCACUCGGCUUGGGAAAACCUAAGGAAUACUUUUAUGGAGGUACAUAGUAAUCUGCACGUAGGGGAACAACCUGCUGAACCCACCAGUUAAUAAUACUUUUGCAGUCACCUUGGCCACUUGGCCCCAGUUCUUUCAAUUUUCCUGGACUAGCCUUGUGUAGUCAGUCCUAGGUAGUCUAUUGACCACAUUUUUCCUGAUCACAAUUUUUGGCAGUUAGGUCUCUCUUAGGAUCGUACAUUGUAGUGAGGAUGGUUUUCCGAAGUAUGUUUUAUUAACCAAGCUCUUGAGAACU